AACCCUGUAUUAUGGUUGUGUGUAGGCUUCGCUGGGAGCAGCGGUCGAUGCCGGUGUAGAGAGGGGGAUGGGCAAUACUGCAAAUGUAAAGGACAUGAGAUUGAAUCACAGUCUUGAAUCACCAAGUGCUGUACAUACCCAUAUAAACACCGACUAUAAUUUUGUAAAAUAACAUUGUAUAUUGAUGUAUUAUUUAGCAACUUAGCGCUAACAUUUGAAGACCGCACAGUGUCUUAAAUGGGAGAAAAUGUGAAACUUUCAACUCUUGUGUAAGGGACACUGAGAAGUUUUGAAGAUAGCCUGAGAGCCUCGCGGUUUACAGUUCACAGGAAACACCGAGGUCGCAAGAGAAGGCCUUCUGUUCUGCCUCGAAUCGAUGUUGGAUUUUUUUCAAACACUAAACACCUUUAACGUUAAAAGGCAUUUGAAUUUCAGUUACGCUGGAAGGACGGUAUAGGACUCCUGAUGUGCGUGGUGUGGUAUAGCAGCGCCCCAUCUGAGGAGUGCUUCGCUGCUGCCAUUAGGAGCCCUUGAUUCUCCUCUUCCCUCCCCUCUCCCUCCCCUAACCCCCUUCCCGCCCCGCCCCCACCCCCUUCCCUGCGUUGCUGCACUUGACGUCAUGAGCAUAGUAAUUACAUUGGGAGUCACCACACCCGAGACACCUUACACCGAUAUGGCCGCUGGAUCAGAUCCUGAGUCAGUUGAAGCGAGCCCAGCAGUAAAUGAGAAGAAUUACUCAAGUCGCAGCUGUGGGAACACACAGAGUCAUGGAUAUGGGGGUCUUCCCUAUGCUAUGCAACAGUCUUCCGUUGUGUGUUGUCAGGAUCAUAACUAUGGAGCUCCACCCCGUCCCACCCCUCCUGCCUCCCCACUCUCCCAGACCGUUUUCUCCCAUUCGGAACGCAAUGGCACUCUGGGACGAUCGCGACCCUGUUUUCCCACCAAUGAACCAGACAACUCUGCUGACAGUGAGAGCUCAUCGGAGGAGGAGGAGGUGGUGGAAGGCGCAAUUCCACCUUCUUGGUGUCAAUGCCGUCUAAUGCAAGAUGGCUUCCUCAUUAAGUGUGAGAGCUGCAGGGGUCUGGAGAAGAAAGGUCUGGAUGGGCAGCGCAGAAAAGCAGAGAAUGUUUCAGUUGGCGAGAGCAGCGCUACAGAGAGUGGAGAUGAGGACAUGUCAGCUGCUGCUGUGUCAUACACGGCCACUCAACACACACCCACUAGCAUCACCCUCACUGUCAAAAGAGUCAAACAUAACAAAGUCAAGAAGAGAAAGAAGAGCACAGAGAAAGCACGCACUACUCCUAAAGCCAAGAAGGUUAAGGCUUACAGAGAGGGUUCCAGAAAAUCAAUGAGAAUGAAGAAUUCUGCGUCUGAGGCUAGUGUUCUGGAUGAGAAUACGACAGAAGGAUGGGAGACUCGAAUUCAGCAGUGGACGGAUCAGUAUGAAGAAGCUCUGUCUAACCAGUACAGUGCUGACGUGCAGAACCUCCUCAAACACUACUGUGCCAAUGGCAACUCGUCCCCCACCCCAUCUACUGUCGCCAUGGACACCAUUAACAGAACAGAACUAGCUUACAACAACACUGUGUUGGGCUCACAAAUGCAGUUGCAGCUGGGUCGUGUAACACGUGUGCAGAAACAUAGGAAGAUUCUCAGAGCAGCACGGAAUUUGGACCCAGAAAUGCUGGUCAUUGAAUACAGAGGCAAAGUCAUGCUCAGACAGCAGUUUGAAGUCAAUGGACAUUUUUUCAAAAAGCCAUAUCCAUUUGUCCUGUUCUACUCCAAGUUCAACGAAGUGGAGAUGUGUGUGGAUGCCCGAACAUUUGGCAAUGAUGCACGGUUUAUCAGAAGAUCAUGCACACCCAAUGCUGAGGUGCGGCACAUGAUAGCAGAGGGGAUGAUUCACCUGUGUAUCUACGCUGUUGCUCAAAUUUCAAAAGAUUCUGAAGUCACAAUCGGCUUUGACUAUGAAUUUAGCUGCUGUAAUUAUAAAGUGGAUUGUGCAUGUCUCAAGGGCAAUCAGGACUGUCCUGUGCAGAGACACAAUCUCCACCCCCUUGAACUGCUUUCCCCCCAGUCUUCAAACUUUGCCCUGCCUGGAGCAGAAACACGGAGGAGACGAGCCCGACGCAGAGAAAUGGAAGAGGACAGGCUCGUAACUGGUGUAUCUGAUGAAAGCAACCACCUGCUGGAAGAUGCAAAUGAGACACAGGGAGUUACCGAUACAGAGGAUGCUCUUAUGGACAGAGUGAAGUUGGAGAAUGGAGAAGAGGAGUUAGACGAGAAUGGAGCGCUAAUACCAAACAGACGUUCUCGUGAUGAACGCAAGGCAGAGGCCAUAAUGCACAUGUUUGAGACCCUUGAUAGGAGAAAGAAACGUGGUCAGGGCACAGCGCAGGCUACACCUGAAGAAACCAAACUGGAAGCAGGGGAGGCAGAUGUUCCCUCCCUUACAUCAGGAAACUGUGUUCCAAAUACAGGAGCUGUUGGAGGAAUCAGUACAAGGCGCACCUCCUUUGCUGCUGUGGAAACAACAGAUAUUGACUCUGAAAAGCCCCCUGCUACGCCCAGUCCUGCCCCUAAAGCGCAACCUGCCCGCAGUUCCAAACCACGUCCUAAGAGCCGCAUCUCCAGGUACCGCUCCAGUUCAGCCCAGCGUGCUCGAAGACAGCGGCAGGCUCUUUCUCAGCAAGCAGCAGAGGGAGUUUUAGUGGGAGAUGAAGAAGGCAGUGCAGGGGCAGGCCUCAGGGAGCAGGGCCAGGGAGAGGGAGCUCCAAACUGUGGGAAUCUCCAGGAUGGAGAACUAUGUGGAGCCGCCUCUUCAGGGAUGGGUAGUAAGACUAAUGUCAGAUACCCAAAAACCAAAAAGUACCUGGUAACGGAGUGGUUAAAUGACAAGGUUCCAGAGCGGGUGGAGGAGUCUUUGGAACGCCCUUUACGCAUCACCACUGACCCUACAGUUCUGGCCACCACCCUCAACAUGCUGCCUGGACUAUCUCAUUCACCUCUCAUCUGUACUACCCCCAAACACUAUGUUCGUUUUGGUUCACCGUUUAACCCAGAAAGACGCCGGCGACCCUGUAUGAUUGACCCUGCUUAUGGUUCUUGCAAGAAGAGGUGGAUGAAACAAGCGAUGGAUGAGAGCAUGUUAUCUGGCCUAUUGGAAGAUGGAACGGAGUCAAAUUCGUCCCACAAAAGUAACACCAGCAGCACUAGCAGCUCUCAACCAUUCAAACCUGAGCUGACUGCACCAUUUAAGAAGAGGAAAUUGAAGUGUUCAUCAGAAACGGCAGCUCCACCUUCUGAACUCUUGUUACGACCAUUGUCCCCCAUCACCCCACCUCUGCCCUCUGAACUUCCCAUGACACCUCUUCAUCCGCUCAUGACUCCCUGCUCGCUUUAUUUAGGUGGAGAAUUGGAGAAGCUGAAUUCUACCAUGCUUUCUUACUCUCCUCUCACAUCCCGACCAGCCAGCCGCUGCAAUACACCUCUACAGUUUGAGAACAUCUCUUCACCUGAGGCCUCUCCUGUGCACAGAUCAGAAUCUCUGACUCCAGAACCCUGUUUGCGACCAGACUUCACUUCACGGGUCACUGCCUUCCCGGACUUUUCCACAAGCCGGGGAAGCCCAGCUCCUAUGUCAGAUGACUUCUCACUUGCUGCUCCAGACUCUCUGAAUGGAUCUGGUGGUGGGACUCCCCAUAGCUCAGCUGUUGUUUCCAGUCUAUGUGACUCUUCCUUGGUUUCACAUGCCAGUGAGGCACAAGCCAGAGAACAGGCCUUUAGGACAGAAUUUAACCUCAUUUACACCUGCUCUCCCCUCAAUGCCAGUCUACCCACUGGUCCAGUAAGUGACAGACACUUCCCACAAUCAGAGGGAGGCUUGUCCACGGUUGACUCAGACUUAAGCACAAUAUGCUGCCAGGGGCUGCUGAUGGAAGCGGGGUCUAGCUCUGGCUCUCUUUCAAUGUAUCUGGACACACAGUUUGGUGGUGGAUAUUCAGAGCGCAGCACAUCCCCCAACCCAAGCAAUCCACCACAGAAGAAGAAGAGGGUCAUGGUGAGUGCUGGUAGUCAGCUGGCUGGCUUGUCUGGGUACCAGGCAUUAGCUGUAAGGGGCCAGUUCAAGCCAGAGCAGAACAUGGUCUCUCUGCUGGAGUACAGGGAAAGAAAGAAAGGACCCAGGGACCCAGCGCAUCACGUCACAAACCUCAGCUCCGUUUGCAAGUCUCCAGGACAGCCGCGCACGCAAUUUCAUCCUUCAGUCUCACCGCACAAUUCGUUUUCUCCAGAACGACAAGCCUUCCCACAGAUAGAGGAGGUCAGUCCUCCUGGCAUCAGAUCUGGAAACCACACACAGACCACAGUGCUGGGAGGACCAGAAUCCAACCACUGGAUGGUCCCUACAUCAGUUGAGCGGUUGAGGGAGGGACAGGGUGCUCUGGAGUAUGUUCUGAGGGGUAAUCUGAACAUAGAGCGUGCCCUUAAAAGAGGGGCAGAGUCAUUAAUUCCAGAUGCUGGAAUUAAUGACCAAAUCAGCAGUCGUGACAAGAGCUCUGAUGCUGUUGAAAUGGACAGGUUUGAUCUUCAAAGCUCAUCUCUGGCCUCUCCCUUAAAAAGUCCUUCGCUUCGUCCACAUCAGAUGCUGCCUCUCCAGCCAGAACCCCAUCAGCAUUUGGAAAGCCCAGCCUAUGACCAGCAGAGCUCCUCCUCUCCAUUCUGUCAGUCUGUAAGUCCCUCACCUCCCCGCUGCAGCUCUGGGGGGCCAGGUUACUAUCCUUCAAAGCUGACCACACACAGCCCACUCACCCAAGAGAGCCCAUCCUCUUCUACAGUAUCUAUCUCCUCAGUGGACUCAACAAUGUGUGCACCACAUCCUAGUAGCAGCAGUGGAGGUGGAAUGGACACCUCAAGCCUUAAAGCGAAACUGUUGGACAGCUCCCUGUCUGCUGCUCUCUCUCUACCCGCCAGAGGCCACCUGAAAAUGGACAGUGCUGCAGUACCACACACACAAGGUGCUCAUGGCUCCAGAUUGACUCAGUCGUCCAGAGUCCACAGCCAGAGAACAGACAGAGCCAGUCAGGCUAACUCAAGACAUCUCACAGCUUCUGGAGCACAGCACUAUCCACAAAGAAAUUUACAGGGUUCGGGGGUAUGGACACAGUCGAGGACCUUUUAGGACCCAGAGUGUGCAUGUAUAUGUCUGUGUAUGUGUGUAUGGUUGCGUGCGUGCGUGUGUGUCAAGAGAGAGAAGUGUGUGCCAUCCUCCUUACUUUUACCUGUGGAGAAGAUAUGCAUUGUUAGAGGGAAUUGAUGUAUUGAGUUCUGUAUGGAUGGUAUAUUUUUGUCUUUACUUUCCCCAGUUCCUUUUAUCUUUUUCCAGAAACUGAAUCUCUGCAGUUACAUGUAACUUAGUGUGGACGUCAUAACAAUCAAAUCAAUGGAACAUUAAAGUAACUAGUUUGGAGUAUAUAACCAGAUUUAAAUGUAUUUUGAAAAUUCACCCAAAUGCUACAAUGUGUUCACACUGAAGAGCAAGUAUUUAAGAGUAAGAGAAAAAUUACGCAGUUGAGCACAAGUGCUGAAACAAAACCGUUUCUCUAAAAGUAAGGUUCUCAUGUUUAAGACUUAUCUAAGAGUAAAAUUGAUCAUCCUGAUCUUAGAUGAGUUUUCAACUUUUUAUGUAUAAUGAAUGAUAUCAUGACCGUAUGAAAUGGCACUCUUUAAGAUGCUUUGCACGCUUGACUCGGAGUGCACUCUCCUGUUUUGUUUUAUCAGAAGUCGUCAUCAGAACAGCCAUUUAUGGUGUUCAUGGAUGGCACGCUUGACUCAGAGCAAAGUGUUUUUGAAUGCACAUGAAAGCAGUUCUUUGUGAACAGUGAGUUAUUUUCUCACUCUGAAUCAUUCCAGUGUCUAGCUGUCGUUAGGGUCCGACGGGCCUCUAGCCUGUUGAAUUCUACUGUUAGUGUCAUAAAAUCAUGAUUCACUUGAUAUAUAAUACUUGACAAGCAGAUCUUAUGGUGCUUCAGUUGGUCCAGUUGAAUUGUUUAUUCUGUUUACCAGUGUGAUCACGGUUGCCUCUUAAGGUAAAAACAUGCAAUUGCAAGUUCAAAUUUAGUUUUUUAACUUGUUUCCAAUGAUUGUUAAAGACCAUCUGUGACUCGCAAAGCGCAGGACUUUGCCAAAAAGAAUUUGCAGAAAUGUUUUGUAUAAAUGUGUACCCUCCCAAGCCCUUUAAUCCUAAGUGUAUACUUAAUUUCUUUCACUUCAUUCUCUUCAUUUGAUUUUCUCUCCUUGACCAGUCCUUGCAUUCCAGACAUUAUUUUAGAAAGGAAAAAAAAUGCUAUGGCCAAAUGGUUUGAUCAGAAUAUAAGACAAAGCAAGUGUGCUGCUACUGUGGUCUCUAAAAUGUUUUCCCCCUUUUUUAAAUUACAAGCUGCUCACAGGGCAGUCAUUUUAACAGAAAAGGCACAGUGCUGUACCUCCCUUGGAUGAUACCUUUUUUAAACAGUAAGGUUACCAAGUCAUGUGCCAUGAUAUACACAGUAGUGGGAUAUUUAAACCCUACUUCAAACAAAACCGAUGCCCCCUGUUGCAUUUAGAGAAUAAAAAUUGUCUGCUUGAUGGAUUAUUCUAGCGGGGUCCAACAAUAGAAAAGAUUAAGUCCGUUUUGUUUUGGCCAAGUGUGAAAAGAUCUUUAAAUGAUGACGGGUUAAUGUGGUGAGUCUUAGCUCACUGUUUAUAGGAAUGUCUCUCAAAAAGGAAAAAAGGACUAUGUGAUCUGAAAUUUACCAGCACCUGAAAUACAUGAUCAUGUGUACUUGGGUUAAGUGUUAUUCUGUUCUCAGAUAAAUAUAGUACACCAAAUUUGCUGCAUGAUAUUUCUUUUGUGUCAUUCUAACAGUUUAGGGUUGGGUUUCUGGGAUUCUGGGAAAGGCUUUGGUUGAGACUCGCCUCUUCUUAAACCCAAAAACAUCUGGCACUUUUCUAGUAUCCAUAGAAAUAUUUUUGUUGUAUUGUUUUAUUUUUUACCUAAUUUGAACACUUUCCCUUUUCAUGACAUAAGAUGCAUCACAUUUGGCUUUUUAAAUAAAAUGUUUGUGAACAUUUUUAAAACUAGUUUUAGCAUUUGCUUAACAUUGGUUGCAUGGAAAGAGAGCUCAGUGUGAGUGAUAACAAAGGUUUGUUUCCAUUUAUCCAUUCAUAUAAAACAAUUUAUGGAGUAAGCGCAAAAUAAGGUCUAUGGUAGGCCUUAAAAAAAUGUAAAAUUCUGGCCUCGUUGUACUCAUUACCCUUUUUAAACUGGCUAUUAAGAUGUGAAUUUGGGCGAUCCUAUCACAAGUGUAUAAUGCUCAAUACAAGUCUAAAUGAUGUCCAAAUUA